AUGCCACAGCAUCAGAUGCCACAGCAGUUUCCAUCCCCACAGCCCAACACAACACUCCAAGCUCCAGAGCUAGUAGUACAGCCAUUGGCACAUGAUCAUUAUGAUAUUCCACCAGCACUACUAGGACAAGGGGAGGCUGCUGUUGGUGUAAGGCCAUCAUUGGCCUCUGGAGCCAAGCGCACGACACUGACGCGCAACCGAAACUACAACCAGCAAGGGAAGUAUCGGGGAGUGAGGAAGCGAGGGGCGUCCAGCUACAUCGCAGAGAUUAAAGACACCACUCAUGGGGUCCGCAGGUGGCUGGGCACGUUCAACACUGCAGAGGAGGCGGCUCGGGCGUUUGAUGAAGCUGCUUUCAACAUCCGAGGAUCAACGGCGAAGCUUAACUUUCCGGAAGAUUAUGUCGACGUCGUCGAAAAGAGAGAAAUUCUGGAUUGCAAUCCUGCAGAGCUCGAAGCGGCGGCGGCUAAGACGAUGGAGAUGGUGGGGAGGGAGGCUGGUGGUGAGAGUAGAAACCCGGGGAUGCUGAAGGAUGGGACAUCCCUAAUAGGACCGGCUGGAGAGGGCGGUCCUGCAUCUACAAAAUUGCGUACCAGUGGUAGCGCUGUAGGGAAAGGGAAAGCAGCCGCACGUGAUGAAGAUGCUGGAAAAAGGAGAUGGGUGGCAGUGGAUUUGUCUGAGGGAACAAGUCGGUCAGUGUCAGUUGCUGCUACAGAAACAGGUGCGGACUUAGGGAAAGGGGGGGGAGGAGGAGGGGGGGGAGGAGGAGGAGGAGGAGGAGGAGGAGGAGGAGGAGGAGGAGGAGGAGGAGACGGAGGAGCGGCAGCAGCAGCAGCAGCAGCAGAAGCAAGAGCAGGAGGGCCCACCCUUCCUGUCAACUCAGCCCGUUUCAAGUCUGCCUCUUUCUUACACUCCACCCCUCGUACUAUAUAUGCCGCUGAGAAUGCACUCAACAACCUUCCGCUCCAGGUCACGUGUCCAGCUUAUACUGGUGUAAUGCAUGCCUCUGCUGUCACACCAACCCUUGGUGGUGAUACCAUGGGAUGUUGUUCCUGCCAGCAGGAGGAUUCCUCAUGUGCUGGAGUAGACGGGAGUGGGUUUAUGGGACUUUACUACCGGCCGGGAGAAAAUUCAGGUAGGGGUGAAGGGUUGGGAUUCGGCGGUGUGACAGAAGGUGAAGGGGGCCAGUCCUAUGUGUUUGCGGAGAGGUUCCCUAGGUUCGCUCACCAGAUAGUGGGGGUUGAAGAAGGCAAUGCAAUUGGAGGGAGUGGGUUCGGUGCAGUGAAAGGCAAGGAGGGAGCGGAAGAAUGGGAGAUAUCUGCAGAGGAAAACAUCGGCGGAAGCAGAGAGAUUACCGGCAAGAAAGGGAUGAUGGAGGAGGAGGGUGUAAUGCGUAUGGGAAAUCGAGCCGGUAUACGGGGCCCUCCAGGAAUGGAUGAGCGUUUUGCUGGCCUUGUUGCUCAUGAUGAUAGGGUGGCAAGUGAACGCUAUUACCAGCUGCCUCACAUCCACCACUCUCAGCAGCAGCAGCUGCAGGAGCAGCAGCAGCAGCAGCAGCAGCAGCAGCAGCAGUACCAAACGACAGAACGCUUGUUGCCUCGAUCCACUCACUCAGAGCAAGGCGAUUCUAAAGCCUCGGAUGAUGACUCCUCUGAGAGAGCAACGAUUCACAGCACUGAGAAUGGUGGUGCUGGCAGCAGCAAGGGAGAUGUCUUGAUGCAGGAAGUCACAGCAGCAGGCUCUGGGGCUGUAUACAGUAGCGGUGGAGCAGGUCAUUCUAUAGCGGAGCACUCUAAUGUGGAACUGCCUAGUGAGGAGGAGCAGCCUAGUUCGGACCAGCCUAGUCUGGACAAGUCUAGUGCAGAACAGCCUAGUUCGUCGGACCGGCCAAGUUCUGACCAGCCAAGUUCUGACCAGCCGAUUCUGGAAAGUCUCUGUGUUGACGAGCUGUGUGCUCUCCAGCAUUACACCACAGCAGGUUUCGACCUUCCUCUGCCUGACCGCGCAGCGGUUCGGUUGUUUCUAGAGGCUCAAGACACACACCCCACUGCAGGUGCUGCGGGGAACCUCGUCACCCCGUUCUCCUGCCUCCCUCAGCGCACAGCAGCACCUGCUGCUGGUGGGGACCUCGCCACCACCCCAUUCUCUCGCAUCGACAGGACAGCAUGCUUCAGUUUCGAGAAUUAUGGCUGUUCCGUCCCCUUUAUGGAGCUUUUGAGAGGGGCAGGAGAGGGAUUGGAGGCUGGGAGAGAGGCUGUGGAUGCGGCAGGGUCGGCAUAUGCAGCAGAUGAGCAGCAUUUGGGGGACACUGCGGCUGGAGGUGGAAUCUACACCGUGGAUCCGCUGGAGAUGUUCUUCCUGAAUGAUGGGGAGCCUAGGGACUAA